CUCAGCCGGGAGAGCAUCAGACUUUUAAUCUGAGGGUCCAGGGUUCGAGCCCCUGUUCAGGCGGGAGGGUUCCUCUUUCUUGGCGGCUCCUCCUCCGCGGCCCCGCCCCGGGGCGGCGAUCAGGCGAGGCCGGGGAUGCGCGGCCUCACCCGGCCAUGGCCGAGAGGGAGCUGGGGUCCCGCUUCCAGCGCCGCUUCCUGGCGGCCCGGCAGCUCUCUUCCUUCCCCUGGCCGGAGCUUGAACAAAACCUGCGGACCUCGCCGGAUUCCUCCGUGCUCGUGGACAUUCUGCACAAGACCAUUCUCCACCCUCUGUCUGUAAAAUAUCCCCCCUCCACCAAGUACAGAAGAUGCUUUCUAACUGAACUCAUCAAAAAGCAUGAAUCCACAGCACCUGAACCCCUGGAUGAACUGUAUGAUACGCUGGCAGAUAUUUUAAAUGAAGAAGAAUCUACUCGCUGUUACAAAACCUACUUGCUGCCCACGGGAGAACCUGUUACCCUUUCCGAGAGCGUGGCAAUUAUCUCUGGAGGAACCACAGGGCUCGUCACAUGGGACGCUGCUCUUCAUCUCGCUGAAUGGGCAAUAGAGAACUCCGCUGUUUUCAGUAACAGGACAGUCUUGGAAUUAGGAAGUGGGAUCGGCUUCACUGGAAUUGCAAUCUGUAAAACCUGCAAACCCAAGACGUAUAUAUUUAGUGACUACCACCAUUGUGUUCUCAAACAGCUGACAGAAAACAUCUGUUUGAAUGGCUUUGUCUUGGAGCCUGGAACUGCCCAGCACAUCCAAACAGAAUCCCAAGGCCAGGAGGCAGAAGCAAUGAAUUACCAAAACCCAAAACUAAUUGUUGCAGAACUUGACUGGGGCUCAGUUACAGAAAAACAACUGUUGGAUCUUCAACCUGAUGUCAUCAUUGCAGCAGAUGUGGUAUAUGAUCCAGAGAUCAUUUUAGUCCUUAUUGGUAUGCUACAAAAACUCUCCAGUUCCAGAGCAGACAAAAAACCUCCUGAGGUCUACAUUGCUUUCACCAUUCGUAAUCCAGACACGUAUCACCUGUUCCAGGCUGAACUUGAAAAAGCUGGAAUCAGAUGGCAGAUUACUCCAGCCCACAGCAACACUGUUUUUCUCUGUGACGUGCAGCCAAACGUAACUAUUCUACAGCUAUUUAUAUAGACUUGGCAAAUAUGACAGAAUUUUCAGACCAACGGGAGCUAUCUUGUUCUUGCAACAAGAUUAUCUUGAAUUCUAGAAAUGUACAUGAGAGGCACUGAGGAUACAACUAUAUGCACGGACUGUUGUCAGAGUUAUGCUUGUUCCUGUAAUUGUCAGCAUGUACGCAAGCAAGCUGCUGCCCCUGAAAAGUAUCUGUGAACCUCAAGCAACAGAAAAGAAAGGCCCCCCUCAUACUGCGCUUUGAUUCUGUAGAAGACAACAGAAUUGAACUGUAUUUUUUUUCAGCUGUGUUUUGAUUUGUAAACAAUGGAGGCAUAUCUGCAGGAUCACAGAAUGAGUAUCUCACACUGACAAGGGAGCAAAACAGUGUUUCAUAGUAAUAAAUAUUUUUUUAAUAUUAAAACCAGCUGUAAUUGUCUACUCUGUGUUUUUUUUAUACUUGUCUGUAUAUACUUGCAUACUUGCAGUAUGGGUCAUCUUAAAAGUGAGUUAUGAACAAUACCUACAGUGAACAUAGUAGAUAGUGUCACAAGCUUACAUGAUGCUGUAAGAGGAAGUAAUACACCCUGCUGUAAAUCAGGUCCAUCUUUACUCUGCAGUGAUGACAAAAAUCAGAACUUGAUUUACAUUUCUCUCAUAUAAGGACUGUCACUUUCAUAACUAACUAUUGGGAAGCCAUUCUCUCAGAUGGCCAGAAAAUAAAGAAUCACACUCUGCAGCAAUACUCUACGUAUACUGCAAGGAGGAAGAACUGAGCUCACCUUCUUUGAAACUUUCCAUAAUCCAUUAAUCAUUUUCCUGUUGGACAGUAUUAACCCUGAAGCAGAAAAUAAAAUAUGCUGCUUUCUCCUGA